GUAAGCGGUCAAAGCACCUGCACCUGUGGAAUACAAAAUGUUGGUGGUACAGUUAGCUGCGGUUUUAUUAAGUUUGGGCCUGGCCAAUGCCCUGCCUGCGGAUGCGGGGCGAGCCAGUUCGGUGACAACUGUGAGCAUUGCUAAGGGACAUGGUUACGAAAUCGAAGAACACCAGGUGCAAACCUCGGAUGGUUACAUUCUCACCAUGCACCGUAUCCCGUACUCGAAGAACACUGGUAACGACGGUCCCCGCCCAGUGGUGUUCCUUAUGCACGGUCUGUUGUGCUCCUCCUCGGAUUGGGUUCUUGCAGGACCUCACAGCGGACUAGCUUACCUGCUGUCUGAAGCGGGCUACGAUGUGUGGAUGGGUAAUGCCAGAGGUAAUACCUACUCCAAAAAGCACGCCAGCAAGUCGCCGCUGCUGCAGCCAUUCUGGAACUUUGAGUGGCACGACAUUGGAAUCUAUGAUCUGCCCGCUAUGAUGGACUACGUCCUUUACUGGACAAAUGUGGACCAACUGACUUAUGUGGGUCACUCCCAAGGUACCACCUCCUUCUUUGUUCUCAACUCGAUGAUUCCGCGCUUCAAGAGUCGCAUUCGAUCCGCUCAUUUGCUCGCUCCUGUGGCCUGGAUGGAGCAUAUGGAGAGUCCAUUGGCCACCGUCGGUGGACCUCUGCUUGGUCAGCCCAAUGCUUUCGUCGAACUGUUCGGCAGUGCCGAGUUCCUGCCAAAUACUCAGCUAAUGAACCUGUUCGGGGCUCUGGUAUGCAGCGAUCAGGCCAUUUCCCAAUUCAUGUGCACCAACACACUAUUCCUUCUGGGCGGCUGGAACUCGCCGUAUAUCAACGAAACCCUGCUCCCAGAUAUUAUGGCCACCACUCCGGCGGGAUGUUCGGUCAAUCAGAUCUUCCACUAUCUGCAGGAGUAUAAUUCAGGAUACUUCCGGCAAUUCGACUACGGCUCGACGCGCAACAAGAAGGAGUACAGUAGCAAGACUCCGCCGGAGUACGAUGUGGAGGGCAUCGAGGUGCCCACCUAUCUCUAUUACAGUGACAACGACUACUUCGCCAGUCUGAUUGACGUGGAUCGUCUAAGGUAUACCAUGAAUCCGAGUGCCCUGAAGAGCGCAUAUCGCAUGCCGGAGGAGAAGUGGAAUCACAUCGACUUUCUGUGGGGACUGAAUAUUAAAGAAAUUCUUUAUGAUCGGGUAAUUAACGACAUAAAUAAUGCAUAAGCAUGCGCUGAAAAUAAAAAAGCGACAUACAAUUGUGAUAAAAAAAAA